GUGCGCGGAGGCCUCAGGACCCGUCCCCCAGGAACUGACACCAUGGGCUUGAGGAGGCCGUCCUGCCCCCGACCCCUGCUGGCGGUCUGCGCCCUCCUCUCCUUGGUCACCGCUGCCCUCCUGGGGCAUGUCCUGCUCAACAGUUUGACGCUGGUCCCCCAAGAGCUGCACGGCUUCUUCCAAGCACCCGAGGAGAUGUUCCGCGCUCCCCAGCAGGGAGCCAGCAGCCUGCGGCCCCAGGCCCACGCGAGAGCUGCACCCACACAGUGCGACGUGCCCCCCAACCGCCGCUUCGACUGCGCCCCAGACAAGGCCAUCACCCGGGAGCAGUGUGAGGCCCGGGGCUGCUGCUACGCGCCUGUGGGGCGCCCCCGGGGCUCCCAGAUGGGGCCUCCCUGGUGCUUCUUCCCACCCAGCUACCCCAGCUACAAGCUGGGGAACCUGACCACCACGGACACGGGCUACACCGCCAGCCUGACCCGCGCCGCCCCAACCUUCUUCCCCAAGGACAUCAUGACCUUGCGGCUGGACGUGCUGGUGGAGACCGAGAGCCGACUGCACUUCACGAUCAAAGAUCCCGCCAACAGGCGCUACGAGGUGCCCUUGGAGACCCCGCGAGUGCACAGCCGGGCGCCAUCCACGCUCUACAGUGUGGACUUCUCCCAGGAUCCUUUCGGGGUGGUGGUGCGGCGGAAGCUGGACGGCCGGGUGCUGCUGGACACCACGGUGGCGCCCCUGUUCUUUGCUGACCAGUUUCUGCAGCUGUCCACCUCCCUGCCGUCCCAGUACAUCACUGGCCUCGCUGAGCACCUCGGCCCCCUCCUGCUCAACACCAACUGGACCAAGAUCACCCUCUGGAACCGGGACAUUGCGCCCACGCCCGGCGUGAACCUGUACGGGUCCCACCCCUUCUACCUGGUGCUGGAGGAUGGGGGCUUGGCUCACGGGGUCUUCCUGCUAAACAGCAACGCCCUGGAUGUGGUCCUGCAGCCAAGCCCGGCCCUCAGCUGGAGGUCGACCGGUGGGAUCCUGGACGUGUAUGUCUUCCUGGGCCCGGAGCCCAAGAGUGUGGUCCAGCAGUACCUGGACGUCGUCGGCCGCCCGUUCAUGCCGCCAUACUGGGGCCUGGGCUUCCACCUCUGCCGCUGGGGCUACUCCUCCACCGCCGUCACCCGCCAGGUGGUGGAGAAGAUGACCAGGGCCGGCUUUCCCCUGGACGUCCAGUGGAACGACCUGGACUACAUGGACGCCAGGCGGGACUUCACCUUCAACAAGGACGGCUUCGGGGACUUCCCGGCCAUGGUGCGGGACCUCCACCAGGGCGGCCGGCGGUACGUGAUGAUCGUGGAUCCUGCCAUCAGCAGCUCCGGCCCCCCCGGGAGCUACCGACCCUACGAUGAGGGGCUGCGGAGGGGGGUGUUCAUCACCAACGAGACCGGGCAGCCCCUGAUCGGGAAGGUGUGGCCAGGGCCCACUGCCUUCCCCGACUUCACCAACCCCGAGGCCCUGGACUGGUGGCAGGACAUGGUGGCCGAGUUCCACGCCCAGGUGCCCUUUGACGGCAUGUGGAUUGACAUGAACGAGCCGUCCAACUUCGUGAAGGGCUCGGUGGACGGCUGCCCGGACAGCGACCUGGAGAACCCGCCCUACGUACCAGGGGUGGUCGGCGGGACCCUCCGGGCAGCCACCAUCUGCGCCUCCAGCCGUCAGUUCCUGUCCACCCACUACGACCUGCACAACAUGUACGGCCUGACCGAGGCCUUGGCCUCCCACAGGGCCCUGGUGAAGGCUCGGGGGACACGCCCCUUUGUCAUCUCCCGCUCGACCUUCGCCGGCCACGGCCAGUACGCCGGCCACUGGACUGGGGACGUGUGGAGCAGCUGGGAGCAGCUGUCCUCGUCGGUGCCAGAAACCCUGCUGUUCAACCUGCUGGGGGUGCCCCUGGUGGGGGCCGACGUCUGCGGCUUCUUGGGCAACACGACGGAGGAGCUGUGUGUGCGCUGGACCCAGCUGGGGGCCUUCUACCCCUUCAUGCGGAACCACAACGACCUGCACAGCCUGCCUCAGGAGCCCUACAGGUUCAGCGAGCAGGCUCAGCGAGCCAUGAGGACGGCCCUGGGCCUGCGCUACGCCCUGCUGCCCCACCUCUACACGCUGUUCCUCCGCGCCCACGCCAGGGGCGACACCGUGGCCCGGCCCCUCUUUCUGGAGUUCCCCGAGGACCCCCGCACCUGGACCGUGGACCGCCAGCUGCUGUGGGGGGAGGCUCUGCUCAUCACGCCGGUGCUCGAGGCCGGGAAGGUGGAAGUAACCGGCUACUUCCCCUCUGGCACGUGGUACGACCUGCAGGCGGUCCCAGUAGCGGCGCUCGGCAGCCUCCCGUCUCCACCUCCGGCACCCGUCCGGUCUGCCAUCCACAGUGAGGGGCAGUGGGUGUCGCUGCCAGCGCCACUGGACACCAUCAACGUCCACCUCCGGGCUGGACACAUCAUCCCCCUGCAGGGCCCCGCCCUCACGACCGCGGAGUCCCGCAAGCAGCCCAUGGCGCUGGCUGUGGCCCUGACCCCGCGCGGGGAGGCCCGAGGCGAGCUCUUCUGGGACGACGGGGAGAGCCUGGGGGUGCUGGAGCGCGGGGCCUACACGCAGGUCGUCUUUCAGGCCAGGAAUAACACCAUUGUGAACCAGCUGGUGCACGUGAGCGGUGAGGGGGCUGGCCUGCAGCUGCGGAAGGUGACGGUCCUGGGAGUGGCCUCGGCCCCCCAGCAGGUCCUCUCCAACGGCGUCCCUGUCCUCGACUUCACAUACAGCCCUGACACCCAGACCCUGGACAUCCCUGUCUCGCUGACCAUGGGACAGCAGUUCCUCAUCAGCUGGUCUUAGCCGAGGCCAGUGGCGUGUGGGGCCUGGAGCUCACCCUUCGAGGGGCCUGACGUCCCUCCAGCACCCAGAUCGGCUCACUGUCUACCUCCCGGGCUGGGCUCUGGGCCAGCCCCUCUGCCCGGCUCUCCGCCCUGAGGGUGGCCUGGGUUGGACGUUUCACUGAAGGCUCGCUCCCCAUAGCCCACCCCUGCCUGGCACGCGCGUAGCAUCAGUUGCCAGCUGCCUGCAGGUGACGUGAAGGUGGUGCGUGGGGCGCUGAGGCACCUGGGCCCCGACGGCAGGAUGGAGCUGGGUGGCCGCCGCAGACUGCUUUCUGGGGAACUCGGGAGAAUUCACAGGA